AUGGCUACUACAAACACCGCUGCCCCUCCGCAAGCCGAGCUUGAUGCCGGCAUCGCCAACGGCACUGGCAUGGACGAACUCAUGGCAGAUGCUAAAAAACGUGGCCUGGAAGAAGAAAUCUCCCGCUUGACUGAUAACCACCUCGUCUACACAGAUGCUGCCGGUGGAAAGCUGUCCUUCAUUCCAAUCGAUUGGAAGAAGCCCGGUCUCAGGGUCUUGGACUCCGCAACGGCAGAUGGCAUCUGGCUGCAGGACCUUCGGAAGCAAGCUGGACCUGCCGCUGAACAGCAAACCUUCAUUGGCACUGACCUAGUUGAAGCACUUUUCCCCAAUCCUCGACCCGAUGGCAUCGAGUUCUAUAAACAGUCUAUCACCGAGGCCUGGCCUGUCGAGUGGCAAGAAUCAUUUGAUGUUGUCCACCAGCGCCAGGUGCUGGGCUUUUGCGGCAACUUCGCUCUCGAGCAGGCUGUUGCCAAUCUCUGCGCGUUGGCUAAGCCGGGGGGUUGGGUUGAGCUUGUCGAGCUUGACUGUGACCAGAGUCUGUUGGGCGAAGGCACAGUCGCUCGCGAGUUCUUCCAUCUGCUGGAGCAGAUUUGGAUCAUCAAGAAGAUGGGCGGGAACUUUGGUCCCAAUUUGAAGGACUGGAUGGAAGCGGCCGGUCUCGAGAACGUUCAGGUCGAUGUCUUGGCAUGUAAGGUUGGUGCUAAGGCGAAGCCUGAGCUCAAAGAAGCUAGCAUCAAUGGCGCUGCUGGCGCUGGUCCUAUGAUCGUGGCUAUGGCCCGGACCCUGCCAGAGCUUCAGGGGUUCUCGCCCGAACAACUCGACACGCUCGAUGCCAGAGUUCGUCAGGAGCUGUCAGAGAAGGGUUGUGAGUUCCAAAGCUUUGCUGUUAGAGGAAGGGUGCCUGCCGGAGGAUUGAAGCCCAAGUCCAAGGACUAG